AUGUCGUCUAUACACGAAAAGCCCGUGUCCUCUGUACAGGAAGUACAAGAUAAGGAGAUUCCCGAUACGAUUGCCUCCAACCUGGAGGCCAAGGCUGCCAGAGACUACGAAGAGCAUCACAACUACAUGCAGACCGUCUCGAAGUACCUCCCCGCGAUCAAAUGGUCCAUAUUCUUCGCCAUGACCAUCGUCGGCGAGGGGUACGACCUCGCUCUGAUGGGCAACUUUUUCUCCUUGGAUCAGUUCCAGAACCUCUUCGGCUACGCUCCGCAAGAGGGCGCUGUCAAGGAGAUCCCAACACUCUGGCAGUCCUUGAUCCUUACUUCAAGCCAGGCCGGUCAAGUUGCGGCCAUGUACUUCGCCGGUUUGUCCAUGGACAGGUUCGGCUACCGAAAGACGAUGAUGUUCUCUCUCGGAUCGAUCAUGGUGCUCCUACUCGUCAACUUCUUCGCGCCGGCGGUCUUGCCCACGGGAGGCUAUAAGGCUGGUCUCGGCAUGAUCUUCGCCGGCGAGUUCCUCUUGGGACUCCCUUGGGGGGCUUUCCAGGCCUGCGUUCUUCCCUAUGCUUCCGAUAUCUCGCCCCUCAAGCUUCGUCCGACUCUAACCACUUUCGUCUCCAUGUGCUGGAUUUUCGGCCAGCUCUUCUCGACGGCGGCAAUCAAGGGUGUUGCGAACAUUGAAUCCAACGACCUCAUGGCAUACCGUAUCCCCGUCGGCAUCCAAUGGAUAUGGCCUCUUCCUGUUCUCCUCUGCGUCUUCCUUGCCCCCGAAUCGCCUUGGUGGCUCAUGCGCCAGUCUCGUUCCGACCUCGCGCGCACUUCCCUUGCAAGACUCAACAAAGAUCCGACGUACCCAGUUGACGGUCAGGUCAAGGUCCUCGAGCUCACCAACGAGCAGGAGAAGAACAGCCAAGAUGAUUCCAAUAUCACGUACCUGGAGUGCUUCCGUGGCACCAACCUUCGCCGUACCAUGAUUGUCGUUACCAUGAACUUGACGCAACAACUCUGCGGUUCGGCUCUUAUGUUCUACUCGGCCAAGCUAUACCAGAAGGCUGGCAUGAGCAGUUCCAAAUCAUACGACUUUACGCUGAUUCAGUACGCGAUCGGCAUCAUCGGCAUCGUCUCUUCUUGGCCCCUGAUGAACUACGUCGGACGCAGAACCAUCUGGCUCUGGGGAUUGAUGGGCUCCAUCAUUCUCAUGACAGGUGUCGGCGUGCUAGGUUUCCACAGCGACCAGCACCCGGCAGUUCCUUGGGUCAUCGCAGUCAUGCUCGUGAUAUUCACAGGAGUCUACAAUCUUUCCAUCGGACCUCUCGUGUACGCUAUCAACCCCGAGAUUCCUUCGACCCGACAGAAAGCCAAGACACUUGUCAUCGGCCGAGUAGCCUAUCUCAUCGCAGGACAAUUCAACAUGUGGCUCUUGCCAAGAAUGCUGGAAAACGCUCCUAACGGAUGGGGUCUUGGACCUCGGACGGCGCUGGUGUACGCUGCUAUCAACGCCGCCUUCUACGUCUGGGCCUACUUUUGUCUGCCGGAGGUCCGGGACAGAACUCAGGCCGAGAUGGAUGAGCUUUUCAAGCUCAACAUACCUGCUCGAAAAUUCCGUAGUACCGAGCUGACGGCUGAAUAA